AUAGUGUCUAUAUUACGCGCCCACUACAACGCGUACACGGUGGUUUAUUAUAUGGGCUCACUCACACCGGUCCCCUCCUCCGUUAUUUCUGACGCCCGCGCUGUCAAACGCGCUGAGGGAGGGACAACAUGGCGUCGGAGCAGGAGAGUUCAAACGGGCCGGUGAAGAAGACAAUGAGAGAGAAGGCCAUCGAGCGACGCACCACCAACAAGGAACACAACAGCAACUUCAAGGCGGGCUACGUUCCCAUUGAGGAGGAGCGGCUGCACAAGACGGGGCUGCGAGGUCGAAAGGGCAACAUGGCCGUCUGCAUCAUAAUCCUCCUCUUCCUCCUGGCGCUCAUCAACCUCAUUAUCACGCUGGUGAUCUGGACGGUGAUCCGCAUCGGGCCGAACGGGUGUGACAGCAUGGAGUUCCACGGCAGCGGGCUGCUGAGGUUCAAGCAGAAGGCUGACAUGGGCGUGGUGUUGCCGCUUCACCGGAGCACCGUGGGGGGGCGCAAGGACCAGGACCUGCUCAUCACCGGCAACAACAACCCGGUGGUCUUUCAGCAGGGCUCCACCAAGCUGAGUGUGGAGAAGGAGAAGACCUCCAUCAGCAGUGACGUGGGCAUCUCCUUCACCGACCCCCGCACCCAGAACACCUACUUUAGCACUGACUUCGACAACCAUGAGUUCCACCUGCCCAAAGGGGUCAAGGUGCUCAGUGUGAAGAAGGCCUCAACAGAGAGGAUCACCAGCAACGCGUCGUCAGACCUGACCAUCAGAGGUGACGGCCGGGCCAUUAUCAGAGGUAACGAGGGCGUCUACAUCAUGGGCAAGACUGUGGAGUUCAGGAUGGGAGGAGACAUCGAGCUCAGAGCUGAGAACAGCAUCACUCUGAACGGCUCGGUCAUGGUGAGUCCGUCUCGCAUGCCCGAGGUGGCGGGGAACGGGUACUUUGACGAGGCGCUGGAGAGGUACAAGCUGUGCAUGUGUGCCGACGGCACACUGUUUCGCGUGCGUGUCAAGUACCCCAACAUGGGCUGCCAGACCUCUGACAACCCCUGUGGGACCGCCCACUGACCCCCCCCCCCCCCCUGGACAGGAUAUCCUGUCCCGUCAGCCAAUCACAAGGCUGGGUUGCCCGGAUGCAGUUUUACCACAGCCACAUGUAACCCCCUCCCCCUCUGAUGGUGCCAUCUUUGUUUGUCUGGCUGACUAUGUUGCUUGUUUAUGUACAUGGUUGUGUUUGUGUCGUUUGCUUGGCCAAAGAUAUUUGUUUCUGAGUUGUUGUGUUUACCCAAGCGCAAAGAGAGGAUACUUAAAUCAAAUUUUAAUGUGUUAAAUGAGUGCUUAAUGCAUUUUUUUUAUGUUCUUCGGAAUUGGAAGUGUACAAAAAUAUAUAGAUUUUGUGCAUUCAAAUUCUUGUUGACAACUUUCAUAUAUGUACAUAUGUUUGUGCUUAUACUUUGUAAGUUCACUUUAAGUAUAAUAUCUUUUCGCUUGGGGCCUCAUUCUGUGUGGACAGCAGAAACAGGACCUUGGUACUGGACAGUGUUGCUCAAUUUAAUUUGAGAUUUGAUUAAUUUAGCAAACGCUUUUAUCCAAAGCAACACACCAGAGUCGAGGAACGGUCUGUAUUAACCAGGCACGAUGCAAAGUAACUUUGUAAGCUACCAGUAAUGAACAUACCUUGUCGGUCUGUCUGGUUUCAUGACACACCUGGUCGCUGCUCUGUUUGCCUGGUCUGCAGGGGUUAGCUGGCUGGUGUGUGAGAGGGCAUCAGGUAGCUGAGGAAUUCUUUAUUUAUUGAUCACGGUUUGUUACUGAAACGCACUUACAGUUAUGAGUUUGAAAUGUUUGCGUUUGAAAUGUGCUGGUCUUUUACCAUGUUAUAGAAAAUAUUGUUACAUCUUCAUUGAUAUCGUUAUUAACAGAUAUCGUUUGGUAGGUGUUGAAACUGCCCAGUAUUCGCCUCCUCCUUAAAACCAGUAAUACUGAAAGGUAUUCAGUGCAAUAUAAAUAUGAAACGGUGUGGCAGAAGCUUGAUCUUCAAGGACUUUUUUUGUUUUAAAACACUUUGAAAUGUUUCUGAGGUUGUGUUUAGGACAAUGUGCAGGUAGUUCUAUGCUACAGUAACUGGAUACUUGGAUGUUGGAAUUCAUUUUCUUAUAAAAUCACAACCACAACCUUUUGGAAACUUUAAUUUCCCAUGUUUGUUUUAAUAAAGGAAUACAGUAAGCUGUUUGAAUAACAGUGCUCUGA